CCGAGAUACACGUGCCCGCGUCUGCAUCUUCCUCCUUGUUGGAGCCUUCCCCUUCCCCAGUCCCCACGAGCCGUGGCGGGACGACGCUCCCCUCCUCCUCCUCCUCCGCCCUCCGCUGGCUUCCUCCGGCUCCACCUGCCCCGUCCGCUGUAGCACUUCCCAUUCCCAGUCAGCGUCCACGAUGAUAGCGACACAGGGGGAGGACACCGUGCCGAUUUGCGGCCGGAGCGGCAAGCCACCGCGCGGGUGGCGGCCAAACAGCGGCGAACCAGCACCCCUUCUUCCUCGUGCAGUGCUCGCGUGCCGGCCGGUCCGGUUCGCUGGUCCUGGAAGGCGCGGGCACCCCACAACAUGCAGGCCCGUGCUGAUCCACGCAACGAGCGGCAGGUGCUCGACGAAAUGCCGGUCGCGGGAGGGGCCAUUCUGGGUGUCGGCUGUCUGUGCCCGAUCAAAUGCCAAGCAGAGGAGUAGCGCUGUGGAGUUGCUUGAGGAACUAACGCAAGGGCUUGCCACUGGUGAGUUGGGAGAGACAAUGCUCUGCUCGACUGACGACUGGGUGCUUGAGCGAAGGCGUGCAUGCAUGCGCCGAACAGAGCACCGUGGCAUGCCAUGGCUGGAGGAUGCAGCGAGUGAAGGGGCGCCUGCCUUCUUCUUCCUGGCUCGAGACAGAGCAUCUUGACAUGACUAGUGAAGAACUCUGCAUUUGAUUCAAACGUGGGAGAACUAGACAGAAACAGACAAGUUCAGGUGAGCCUUGAGUUGGGACCUGGCGUCUAAACCCCCACAGAGCCAGCCAACCAUACGGCCUCGAGACUGAUAUAAAAGGCCAGUCGCUCUCUCCUCCGAUACCAUCGUCCCCAAACGAACACCGCCUGGGAUCACAAAUUUUCCCUCCCAAACUCAAAACCCAACGGCCGCAGCAGCAACAACCCAGGAACUCCUCCUCCCCCGCCGCAAGAAACCAAGAAGCGGCAACCAUGAGGGGAAGGAGAGGUAGAGGCGGAGCAAGGGCGCCUCCUGGAGCGAGGCCAGCCUCCAGGGGCUCCGGGAGCUCGCCGGAGGCGACCGGGGAAGAAGAGCCGCUGGUUCGCAAUGUCCAGGAGGAAACCAUGGCGAGGAAACAUCACGGACAAGGGAGCUCCUCCGUCAUCCCGGAAUCGCCCUCAAGAUUCUGGCCAGCAGCGCCGGAGGCGGCCAAGAACUCGGCCGCCCCGGCAUCGGCGCCAAGAUUCUGGCGAGGAGCACCGGAGACGGGCAAGUACUCAUCCGGCCCGACAUCAGCCUCAGGAUUCUGGCGAGGAGCGCCGCAGGGGGCCAAGAACUCCCGUUCCCCCUCGUGGUCAGCAGGAAGAAGCUCGCACGAGCGGAGCACUGUACCUGACGUCGCGGCCGCCUCAGAGGCAGAGCCGGUGCCCGUGGUGGCGGCAUGGACAGCCGGCAUGGGCGACGAAGCCAGGUCGGGGCUGCAGCGUGCAGCCGGCGAAAUCACAGCGUUAACCAAGAUGAAGCCCCCGCGCGGGUUCGCUACGAACUGCCCUCAUGGCGAUGCUGAUCCCUUACAUGGAGGAGCAAUGGAUAAUUCUGUCAUGUUGGCUUCUGCAUGUUCUAUUCAUCAACCAUACCAGCAGACUCUGCCUUCAGAUGAACAAAUUCAAGACAUCCUAAAAAAGAUCUCAGUGCUUUCGGAACUGCAGAAAGAGGCCGUUCAUUUGCAGCAGACGGCCAAGAGGGUUCUCAGUGUCACCAGGAACUCCUCAGCACCACGAAUCCUACGCCAUGAGCAGGCAUGCUCUGAUGUCCCCAGCACGUCAGGGUCAGUGCCGUCAAUCAAACAACCAUACCAAGAGAUCUUGUUUCCCUGCUCUACUGCUGAUAAUACACUCUCCAGCCCCUUGGUACCACCUUCAGAGGAACAAAUUCAAGACAUCCUAGAAAAGUUCUCAGGGCCACUCCAGAUUGAGGAUACUUUAGUAAGGAAGGAGACUGGCACUGCAAUCCUUGCACUUUGUAGAGAUGAGGAGGCCAAUCCAUCUGCUGUAGAUUAUGACAUGCCUGAUACGCUGCUGGAGUGCCCUCACGGUGACUCUGCUAAUCAGUCAUACGAGCUGUGGUUCAAUUCACGCAAAAAUAGAUGCCAUCCUAAUGAGGUUCCGGUGAAGUGGUCCAAUGAGGAUGAUGAUGGAAUUCCGUACCCUUUAUACGCUGAAUUCUGUGGAGAUAAUUCUUCCUUGUCCCCAAAAAGAGAAUGGGAUGAUGUAAGAGUUGUUAGGAGACUACGAGGGUUGCGUUGGCAAGAAAGAGCUGCUGCCCGCACUCAUUUCAGAGAGGUACGUGAUAGUUGGCGAGUGGCUGGACGCAAGCCCACUUCUCUAUUCAUGUCAGCAAUGGAUAAAGUGAGGGACGAGAGACCUAAGGAGUACAGCGGCGGUCGCACCAUUCCUGAAUAUCUUAUCUGUCCGUUGUCUCAUGAGCUCAUGCUAGAUCCGGUGACAAUUGCUACAGGGAAGACAUUCAAGCAACGCUUCCUCAAGGCUUGGUUCGAGAAGAGCGGACAUAUUUGUCCUUUGACCUACGAGACGGUGUCAAGUACCAUCAUCCGGAAUGAUCGCAUCAGAGGAUACUUAGAGGAGUGGGAUGAAGUGUUGAAAGAAGAUAAAGUUACCUCACAUAGUAGCAGGAGGACUAGGCAGUAGCGCUGAUAUGUGUGCAUGUCGAAAUACAAUUACAGUGCUGAUACUUUUCCCCUUAUUGGGAAAUAUAAACAAAUCAUUACAGGUCUGCUUGUGACUUACUACUAAUUUCACAAUCCCAUAUGCAUAGAUUAGAUGGUAGCUAUCCUAUACACCAACAUCUACUGCAGGCAGAAGUUGAUCAUACUGGAUCUUCCAGCUUUCCAGUAUAACACUCAAGACCGAAAACACAAGAGUACGCUCAAGGAAAGAUGAACUGUUCCGGUACAUACUUUCAAUAUACUG